AUGCCAAAAGAAGAGGCUUACUUCAUUCUUGGCUACCCCAAGAAGGGACACAACCACUCCUACAUCACAACUGAAGAGGCUGCAGGGAUUGGAAUCCUGACAGUAGUCCUGGGAAUUUUGCUGCUCAUUGGCUGCUGGUAUUGUAGAAGACGAAGUGGAUACAGAAGCUUGAGGGACAAAAGCAUUCACACUGGCACUCGAAGUACCUUAACAAGGAGAUGUCCACGUGAGGGGUUUGGUCACCAGGAUAGCAAGCUGCCUUUUCAAGAGAAUAAUUGUGAACCUGUGGUUCCCAAUGCUCCACCUGCCUAUGAGAAACUCUCUGCAGAACAGUCACCACCACCUUAUUCCCCGUGA